CUAAUCUAUCAGGUGGAUAUUUAUUUCAUUUGUCAUGAGCAUAGUUUUUUCAAAUUUUAAAAGGUCCAGAGAAACAAAAUUGUAUAAAAGUUGUUUUUUUAAUAACAGAGCUUCAAAAUGUGCAUACACUGCUGCAAUAUGCGACAGAUCCCUUGUGAUCCUAUACCCUAUGUCUGUUCGGAAUGUCCUGUGAGGGCGAUUGCGCACGGCUGCAGGUUGGAGUCUCCCCGGAGCAACGGAGACACAUGUCUGUGUCGCAAGCCCCACAAACGCUGGCUGCAAAUAAAUAGUCGACUGGUCUCCAAUUUAGCCGAACGUCUGAAUUGCUCCACCAAGACGGUGCAUGUGAUGCUCUUCCACUUGCUCUUCACCAAUUACCUCGAUUGGGUGCGCAUUGUCCGAAGGCGUCGGAGCUUUCAAUUGUCGUUUGUCAAGAACUUGGAAGCCGACUUUGAGUGCUUUUUGGAUAAGAGGGGAAAUGUGACGAGUCCGUUGGAGCCCUUUAUGAUAGGAGCGCUGCUCCUCAUGAUCCAGAAUUAUGUGCGCCAUGUACGGCAGCUAAAUGCCAAGUAUAAAUGGUAUAAUAAUGGCAUCGACGAUGGGAAGGUCCUUGAACUGCUGGGUCCCCAGGAUGUGCUGGUCAAACUCACGAAACAUAUACCGGGUAAUGAGAAGGGUCUGCUUUUGCAAGCCAUCGAUGAAAUCAAGCUGGACACUAUGUUUGGCAAGCAUCAGCAAGUUAGGAGAAAACCAGAUGUGUGCAGGAGCAUAUCAGAUUUCUAUUCGGUCACGGCGGCAGAAAGAAAUGCGAAAAUGUUACCGAAACGUUCCUACAGGGAUAUUACAGGUAAACUGUCAAGAACACGAUGCGAUUGGCGACGCAUUUAA